CUCUCUUGUAAACAGUUUGACGUCAUCAUGUCUGGUGCGCAGCAGCGUUUGAUCCAAGUGGCUUCCCACAUCGGGCCCAAGAAGGGCGUUUCCGCCAUCACAGAAAAGAACCCCGAUGAUGUCGUCGUAACAUGUGCACUCCGCAGCGCUCUGACCAAAGGCGGUAAGGGAGGGUUCAAGGAUACCGCUGCAGCCGAUAUUCUGGCCGGUGUUUUCAAGGGCGUGAUUGACCGCAGCGGUAUCGAUCCUAGCCUCGUUGAGGAUAUUUCAGUCGGUACCGUCCUCGCCCCUGGAGGCGGAGCUACGGAGUUCCGGGCUGCGGCGCUCGUUGCUGGCUUCCCUGAGACCACAGCCGUCAAGGGUCUGAACCGUCAAUGCUCGAGCGGUCUGCAGGCUAUUGUGGACAUUGCCAAUGCGAUCAAGACGGGUAUGAUUGAAGUUGGUAUUGGUGCCGGUGUGGAGAGCAUGACUUCGCAAUAUGGCCCCGGCGCCGUUACUGAGUUCUCUGAACUCCUCGAAAACCACGAAGAAGCUGCCAACUGCAAAGUUCCCAUGGGUGUCCUCUCCGAGCAGAUGGCCAAAGACCGAAACAUCUCCCGCGCCGCACAAGACGCCUUUGCCGCGUCAUCAUACCAAAAGGCCGUAAAGGCCCAAAAAGCAGGCCUCUUCAACGAAGAAAUCCUUCCCCUUGAUGUCAAGUGGACAGACCCCAAGACGAACGAGGAGAAGACCAUUACCGUCAAGGCUGAUGACGGCAUCCGCGACGGCAUCACCGCGGAGUCGCUCGGUAAAAUCCGCCCGGCCUUUGCCAAGGACGGAUCCAUCCACGCUGGUAACGCGUCGCAAAUCUCUGAUGGCGCUGCCGCUGUCCUGCUUAUGAAGCGCUCGACCGCUGAACGUCUUGGCCAGAAGAUCAUCGGCAAGUUCGUCUGCGCUAGCGUUGUCGGCGUCAAGCCGCUGCUUAUGGGCAUUGGUCCCUGGAAGGCUAUCCCUGUUGCACUUCAGAAGGCGGGCAUCACGAAGGACGAUGUCGACAUCUUUGAGAUCAACGAGGCCUUCGCGUCGCAGUGUGUGUGGUGCAUCAAUGAACUUGGGCUACCUGAGGAGAAGAUCAACCCUAAGGGUGGUGCUAUUGCCUUUGGUCACCCGCUUGGAUGCACGGGAGCACGUCAGAUCAGCACGUUGCUCACGGAGCUGAAGCGCACAGACAAGAAGGUUGGCGUUACUAGUAUGUGUGUUGGAACUGGUAUGGGUAUGGCUGCCGUCUGGGUUAGGGAGUAAAUGAGCUGGUAUCAUUAGAUUGGCUUCCUUUGCAGCGGUAGUAUACUUAUAUUGAUUGAAUGUAUUGUACGUUAAGUUAUGUAUCAAAUCAAAACAUAUCGUCAACU